UAGAGAGAGAGCGAGAGAGAGAGAGAGAGCUAAAGAGAGAAAGAGAGACUCACCGGAAACAAUGGCGGCGGAGGCGGCGGAGCGGCGGCGGAGGUGGCUACCGUUGGCGAUCGUCGGAGUACUCCUCGUGCUCAUCGGCGGCGGAGGAAUCGGGUGGAUCGGGGCCGAUAAGCUCGCCGUGUCGAGGGUUAUUAGGGGAGGAGCGGGUUCGAGGAGGAGCCUCCGAGAGGCGGCGCCAUUAACGGCCGCGGCGGCGGAGAGGGUGGUGCGCAAUGCUGCAGUGUCCGGCGCUGUGGAGGAUCCGGAAGUGGUGGUCUCCCAAGUCCACAUGUCGAUCAACAACAGCACGGCGGCGGCGGCGGCGGCGGCGGGGGGUGGGCGGCGGUCGCUGGACUACCUGACGUCGUGCGGGACGGGGAACCCGAUCGACGACUGCUGGCGGUGCGACCCGGAGUGGGAGUCGAACCGGCAGCGGCUGGCGGACUGCGCCAUCGGGUUCGGGCGCAACGCGCUGGGCGGGAAGGGCGGCAGCCUGUACGUGGUGACGGACUCGGGCGACGACGACGCGGUGGACCCCAGGCCCGGCACGCUGCGGUACGCCGUGGUCCAGGACGACCCGCUGUGGAUCGUGUUCGACCACGACAUGACCAUCACGCUCUCCCAGGAGCUCAUCAUGAACAGCUUCAAGACCCUCGACGGCCGCGGCGCCAACGUCCACAUCGCCGGCGGCGCCUGCAUCACCGUCCAAUACGUGACCAACGUCAUCAUCCACGGCCUCAGCAUCCACGACUGCAAGCCCACCGGCAACGCCAUGGUGCGGAGCUCGCCCUCGCACUACGGCUGGCGCACCAUGGCCGACGGCGACGGCGUCUCCAUCUUCGGCGCCAGCCACAUCUGGGUCGACCACUGCUCCCUCGCCAACUGCGCCGACGGCCUCAUCGACGCCAUCAUGGGCUCCACCGCCAUCACCAUCUCCAACAACUACUUCACCAAGCACAACGAGGUGAUGUUGUUGGGCCACAGCGAUUCUUAUUCGGACGACAAGUCGAUGCAGGUCACCAUCGCCUUCAACCACUUCGGCGAAGGCCUCAUCCAGAGGAUGCCGAGGUGCAGGCAUGGUUACUUCCAUGUGGUGAACAAUGACUACACCCACUGGGAAAUGUACGCGAUCGGCGGGAGUGCGGAGCCGACCAUCAACAGCCAGGGGAAUCGAUACCUCGCUCCUACCGACCCCUACGCUAAGGAGGUGACGAAGAGGGUCAACACGGACGAGAGCGAAUGGCAGAGCUGGAACUGGAGGUCAGAGGGGGACCUGCUCCUAAAUGGAGCAUUUUUCACCCCCUCCGGAGCCGGAGCCUCGUCGAGCUAUUCGAGGGCGUCGAGCCUUGGUGCCAAGUCAUCCUCGAUGGUCGGCACCAUGACUUCCGGAGCAGGCGCACUCUCCUGCAGCAAAGGCUCUCUCUGCUAGCUAACAACAAAAUUCAGAGAUCUAUCUGAAAGAAGAAACAGUGUUACAGUCAAAUUUUUCUUCGGUUUUUUUUUUCGUUUCCGUUUAUACGGUCAAUUAUAUCCGAUGCUUAUUCUCGACCUCCCCUUGCCUCCAUUCCGGACUGUCCAUUGGAGCAGGUGCGAAGCGUUGCUGAUUCGUUGUUUCUCUCUCUCUCUCUCUGUUUCUUUUACAUCCGACUUUGCGCGUCUUGAGAUGAAGCUAGGGUUGCAUAUAAUGUAUUCUCCUGUUUUUGUUUUUUCUGUUCUUUUCUUUUUUGUGCUGUAAUAGGUGAUGAAUAGUUUUCGUCAGUAAAUGAAACAGUUUAUAUAUGAUA